UAAAAAUGAAGCUUGUAACAUAUUUUGUACUCCUCGUUUACUUUUCAAACAGUGUGUUGAGUGAAAAAUUGCGAUAUGACAAUUACACUGUGUUUAAAAUUCACGUAGAAAAUUCGGUGCAAGUGAAACUACUGCGAGAUCUUCAAGACACUGACUUCCGCUUUGAUUUCUGGACGCACCCCGAUCAUCGGUCAAAGUUCGUACAAGUUAUGGCUAGUCCGGAAGAUAGAGCUGAUCUGCAGAAAUUAUUGACUGAAAAUAAUAUGAAUGCUGAAAUCAGCAUGAGUAAUGUGCAAGAGUUUAUCAACAAGCAAACUUUAAAACGUUACACAAGAAACAACAUCGGAAGCAUGACGUGGGACGCUUAUUACAGUCUAGACGACAUUUACGCCUGGAUCGACGACGUAGUCGCACAAUAUCCCAACGUUGCCACAAAAGUAAUCGGGGGUCAAACUUACGAAGGUCGAGAAAUAGUAGGAAUUAAAAUCUCCCAUGGAGAGGGCAAGAAAAAUAUCUUCAUAGAAGGUGGAAUUCAUGCCAGAGAAUGGAUUUCGCCGGCGACAGUUUGCUAUAUUAUUAACGAGUUGUUGACCAGUCAGGUACAAGAAAUCAUGGCUGCUGCUAUAGAUUUUGAGUGGCACAUUUUCCCUGUUGCUAAUCCUGACGGAUACGUAUUUUCUGUUGAAAGUGAAAGGUUUUGGCGUAAGAACCGACGUGUUUUCAGCGAAGGCAUCGGCGUCGACUUAAAUCGAAAUUGGAACAGUAACUGGUUGGUACAUGGUGCGAGCACCAGCCCAAGCUCUGAGGUCUACGCCGGUCCUGGUCCAUUCUCGGAGAUUGAAACGAGGUCUAUGGCCAGAUACAUGAGGGAAAUUGGGGACCAAAUGGAAAUUUUCCUCACAUUCCACUCCUAUGGGCAAAUGCUGCUGCUCCCUUUCGGGAACACAUCUGAACCAUUGGCAAAUUAUGAUGAAGCGAUGAACAUUGGUCGUCGUGCUAUGGGUGCUCUAUCCGUCCGAUACGGGACAGAAUACGUCACAGGCAACAUUGUUGAAGUUUUAUACGAAGCCACAGGAGGCACAGACGAGUGGGUCAAGGAGCAUCUUCACGUCCCAAUAGUGUACUGCUACGAGCUUCGAGACCGGUUCCAGUACGGUUUCCUCCUGCCACCAGAACAGAUCUUGCCUACGGGACAGGAGACCAUGGACUCCGUCGUGGAUAUAAUCCAUCAGAUGAGGCGGUUUGGCAUCUUGACGAGCGCUGGAAUGGCUUUUAAAGCGUCAACGAUGCUGAUUCUGGGAAUGGUCAUAUCAUUCUUCGUGUAA